AGCGAAAAGGGACUCUAGACACGCUGUUACUCAUGUUGUUAAUGCUUUUGAUGAGGUUCACCGAUAUUUUUUGCACACCAUGUCUAAUGAGAACUGCUUAACAAGACUACUUGUACCAGCUUCACAUGCAAAAAAGUUGAUUAUUCUCUACACAAUCAAGUCCGAUAAUCCGUGUCAACUUACUAUGUAUCUAACAGGGCUGCAUAUCAUUGAGUCAUUGACUAACCCCUAGAGGAGCUGAAUUCCGAUUGGAGGGUGGUGUGGAGAAUGGUACUCUCUCAGAAGCUUCACGAAGCAUUCAAAGGAACGGUGGAGAGAAUCACCAGUCCCCGCACCGUAUCUGCCUUCAAAGAGAAAGGCGUUCUCAGCGUCAACGAGUUCAUCCUCGCCGGCGACAAUCUCGUCUCCAAAUGCCCUACCUGGACUUGGGAAUCGGGUGAGCCUAGCAGGAGAAAGUCAUAUUUACCCGCUGAGAAGCAAUACUUGAUUACUCGAAAUGUUCCUUGUUUGCGAAGAGCAGCAUCAGUGGAGGAGGAAUAUGAAGCGGCUGGAGGUGAAGUUCUUAUUGAAAGCGAGGAUAAUGAUGGUUGGCUAGCAACACACGGAAAACCCAAAGAGAACAAAACUGAUGAAGACGACAAUGUUCCCUCAAUAGAGACUUUAGUGAUAAGUAAGGAAAACACAGUACAAUCAAUUUCGACAUAUUUUGGAGGUGAUGAGGAGGAAGAUAUACCCGACAUGGGAGAGUUCGAGGACACUGACAAUCUUAUUGAAUCAGAUCCCGUCACACUUCAUAAUACUUACCUUGUCGCUAAUGAGCCCGAUGAUGACAAUAUUUUGAGAACUCGGACGUAUGAUGUUAGCAUCACAUAUGACAAGUACUAUCAAACGCCUCGUGUUUGGCUCACUGGGUAUGAUGAGUCUAGGAUGCUACUAAAGCCAGAACUUGUACUUGAGGAUGUCAGCCAAGACCAUGCACGCAAAACAGUGACCAUUGAAGACCAUCCCCAUUUGCCUGGGAAACAUGCUUCCGUACAUCCAUGUCGUCAUGGAGCUGUUAUGAAGAAAAUAAUAGAUGUCCUGAUGUCAAGAGGAGUAGAACCUGAAGUUGACAAGUACCUCUUCUUAUUCUUGAAAUUUAUGGCCUCUGUGAUUCCAACAAUUGAAUAUGAUUACACCAUGGACUUUGAUCUUGGAAGCUCAAGUAGCUCUUGAUUCAUCAAUGUUGCGUAUAUUCCUUGAAGCUGGAGAAGCUGAUUAUGGUUCAAUCCUCCAUUAAUCUACUGCCAUGGGACAACUUUAUUUGUGGUAAAAAGCAUUCAUAAUUCUUGCUUCUAGAGGACAUAGUUCGUAGUACAAGAAUACUACUCCUUUUAAUGUCUGUAAAUUUAAAUGGGUAGCUUGAUGUUUUCUCAUUAGUUCAUUAUCCCAAAAAGAAUUUAAGAGUAUUGCUUAGAGCAAAAGAAGAAUGUAUUUUACUUUUUUUACCUUCGCAAAAUAGUGAUUAUACCUUCUAAAAAAGUACUCUAUAUAUUCCAGGGGACAUAGUUUGACCAAGAAUACCAUAUCACUAGAUUCCCAAUGU